AUGUCUAAGCCCACAUACAAAGUCGGUAUCAAAGGUCUCUCGGAAGAAACUACAACUGGUGUCCACAAUUUAUACAAAAUGAUGAAAAAAAAUGAGCUUAAAGUUCCUGCUAUCAAUGUCAACGACUCUGUUACAAAGAGCAAGUUUGAUAACCUUUAUGGCUGCCGAGAGUCUCUUGUUGAUGGUAUCAAGAGAGCUACUGAUGUGAUGUUAGCUGGCAAAGUUGCUGUGGUGGCCGGUUAUGGUGAUGUGGGUAAAGGUAGUGCGCAAUCACUACGUGCUUUCGGUGCCAGGGUUAUCAUCACAGAAAUUGACCCCAUCAAUGCACUGCAGGCAUCAAUGGAAGGUGAGUAUCCACACCAGUAUGUUCUAAAAUUGGAUGAAGAAGUGGCAUAUGCACACUUGGAGCAGCUUGGUGUCAAGUUGACAAGACUGAGUGAUGAUCAAGCUUCCUACCUUGGUAUUCCCCAAGAUGGCCCAUACAAACCAAAUCACUACCGUUAUUAAAUGCCUUGCAACAGUGUUCAAUCCCCCCCAAAAUACUUUUUUUGUCUGCAUAAUUUGUGUAUGCAUGCACAAAAUGUUUUUUUUAAAACUAUGUAGAAUGGAAAAUGCAUACUCUUAAUUGUUGGGUUGGCUUCUGGGAAGGCUUUGCUCUAUAUAAAUACAAAACUUCUAUAUUUGGAACAAGACAAAAGUAAAUAUCACUGGGUUCUUAAGAUGGCAUUUCCUGUACAUUGUGGUGAAUAAAUAUUAAUUGGACAAUAAUGUGUAA